CCUUCCGCAGCUUGAUUUACUGGGAACACCCACGUGCACAGUGGAAUCAAAUUAUGGACGUUUUGGAUGAUGCUGCUGCUUAUGCAAGGAAAGAAUAUAACCUGACUUUCACUAUGGAUGAUAAGAUGAAUGACUUUUCUUUGUCGGCUUACGAAAUGAUGUCAGCGAUGGCGAUGGUGCUCAAUGAGAGCUACGAUAAUCUCUCCCCGCAACUCAGCGGGCGAGAACUCGCCAAACAAUUCUUUAACCGCAGCUUCAGCUUUCCUUGGCGAAACGUAACCAUUGGCUCCAAUGGAAUGCGUUUGAGAGAUGUUUGCUUCUAUCGAAUCAAUCAAACAAGUGGAGACAUGGAGGAAGCAUGGCACUUCUACGCAGCGACAAAAAGUUUGGUCAAAGUUUCUCCAUUGGCCGAUAUAUGGCGCAGUUCAUUCGGACCGCCACCAAACGAACCCUUGUGCGGAUACCUUGAUAAUCGUUGCAAUAAAUCUGAUUCAACAUGGAUCAUAGCUGCCGGAGUCGUUACUGGGGUGGUGUUGCUGGUUGUCAUGUUUGUCGUAGCUCUUUACAGAUCGCAUUUGCGUAAGAAGGAAUCAGAUAACCCUUGGUGGUAUUUACAUGCUGGUCACCAUGUAGUGAGCCAAUAUACGCCGGACGAUGCGCAGUAUAGCACCAAGUCCUUGCCAUGGCUAUCGAAGUUAUCGCUUUACCAGAACAAAAUUGUCUGGACUGAAUGUUUUCCCUGCCAGCUUUCACCCAGACAGAUCUACAACGUUAAAUUGGCUCGACAGACGCUAGAUUCGAUGCGAAACCUGCAACAUCCCAAUAUUGCCCGAUUUUAUGGUGUCAGCCUUGAUGGGGCCAGCGUCUCGCUUCUAUAUGAAUAUGGAUCCAGAGGCAAUCUGCGCAUGUUGCUCGACGAUGGCAGUUUUCCAUUGGAUAGCGACCUGCAAAUGGCACUGAUUCGAGAAAUGGCUUCGGGACUCAAAUACAUCCACUCCAGCCCAUUGAGCUUCCACGGUGCUCUUUCCAGCCUGACGGUUAUGGCUGAUAAUCGCUUCGGAAUCAAGCUGUCCGAUUACGGGAUGACGAGCGUGGUCUCCGGUUUAACGGAUGUCCAUUUAUGCGACAUAAAUGACUGUCUGCAAUUAUGGAUGGCACCGGAAAUGGUCGCCGAUGAAAAGCACCCUGGAUGCAGAGAAUCAGACAUUUACAGUUUCGGUGUGAUAACGGCAGAAGUAUUUACCAGAAGAAUCCCGUUAGACGUCUCGCUCAAUGAUCAGUUAAACACACAAGGCCGCUUGAACAUGUUGAAAAAGUCUCCGAAUAUGCAGCGCAUUGCUGUAACUGCCGAAGAAAUUCCGCCUUACGGUGAAAAACUGCUCCGAGAAUGUUUUCUGGAUAAUGCCGAUCGUCGCCCUUCGAUACGUGAUGUGUUUGAAGUACUAAAUGGAAAAAACACCAGAAAGAUGUCAGGUUUAGGACGAACUGUGGCUAGCGUUGUGGAUUGUAUUAUUUCUCGCUUGGAACAUUACUCAUUAGAGCUGGAGAAACGGAUUGCCGAACGCACGGCGGAGUUGGUCAGGGAAGAGGACAAUGUUAACGAACUGCUGCGGGAUAUGUUACCCGAAAGUAUUGUCCGCAAACUGCGCAACAAGCUGCCAAUAGAAGCCGAAAAUUUCGAUGACGCUAGCAUUCUGUUUACACAUUUUCCGGAAUUUGCCCAUGUGUGCUCCCAGUCCCAGCCGCUUUUUAUCAUUCGCUUACUGCAUCGCAUUUACACUUCGCUGGAUGGGCUCGUGGAGCAGCACGAUGUGUAUAAAGUGGAAACUAUAGCGGAUUCCUAUAUGGUUGUCAGUGGCGUACCCGUGCGCAACGGUACGUUCCGCCAUGCUGGAGAAAUCGGUAGCUUAGCUCUGCGGAUGCUGGCUGCGGUACAGCCGAUGUCCUCGAUGGUAAUAACCGGCGUCGAUUUUCAGCUCAGACUAGGAAUGCACUCUGGUCCCUGUGCAGCUGGGGUUGUUGGAAAUCGAAUGCCACGGUAUUGUUUGUUUGGAGACACCGUCAAUACGGCCAGUCGAAUGGAGAGCCAUGGAGAGGGAGGAAAAAUACACAUCAGUCAAAGCAGUCAUCAAAUUCUACACAAAAUUGGUGGUUAUAAAACGGAACCCAGAGGAUGCAUUGAAAUAAAGAGCAAAGGCAAGGUCGAAACGUUUUGGCUGCUAUCGAUUGAUCCAUAAUCCCCGGCUGCCGACCGAUCACCGAACAUAAUAACAUUUUUCCGUGUUACACAUGCAUGUCUGUGAUAACUGGGUUUGCCUUCCUUGACCCGUAUGCCGGUUU